UCGUGACCCCGCUGUGGCCCCGGCAGCGGUUGCGGGGAAAGUCGCGAGGUGCAUCCACUUCGGCUGCAGUAGGUGGUGGCGGCCGCAGCCCUGGGUGGGGUCCCGUAGGAGCAUCUGAGAAGUCACUGGAGCUAGCGUUUCGGGAAACCUGGAGACUCGCUGAGUGGCCGAGGUCGUCGGAUGCCCCUCUGCCCAGCUAUUUACUGAGGACCCACUGGAUGUGAAGCACUGUGCAUAGUUUUCUUCGAUUGUUGCAACUUCCCUUGCAAGUUUCUGGACCAGCAGAGCUGAAGGAACCCAAACUUGGACUGAAGUGACUCUACUAAGGUCAGCUCUAUGGCUCUUCCACAUGAUUCAAAUGAAACUUCCUAUUUGCUACCUCCAAACAAUGAGGACUGGGACAGGCAAGCCAUUCCUGACUUUGUUUAUAGGCAGAAGGAUCUCAUGGCAGAAGGGAUUCAGUGGCCAAGGAAUGCACCUGGCAUCCUGGAAGCUCUGCCACAGUCUCCAUUUGAUGCUGCACUCUGCUCUGCCUGGAAGCAGCGGGUAGAGCUGGGGCUGUUUCGCUACCGCCUACGGGAGCUACAGACACAAAUCCUCCCUGGUGCGGUGGGUUUCGUGGCUCAGCUGAACGUGGAGCGUGGUGUGCAGAGGAGGCGCCCACAGAUCAUCAAGAGCGUGAGGCAGGCAUUUGACCCUGAACAGUUCAACUUCAACAAGAUCCAGCCCGGAGAAGUCCUCUUCCGUUUGCACCGGGAGCCUGAUCUCCCUGGGACUCUCCUGCAAGAGGACAUCCUUGUGGUGAUCAACGUCAGCCCCUUGGAGUGGGGCCACGUGCUGCUGGUGCCUGAGCCUGCCCGCGGGCUCCCCCAGCGCCUGCUGCCGGGUGCACUGAGGGCGGGGAUUGAGGCUGUACUGCUGAGCUUACACCCGGGCUUCCGUGUUGGCUUCAACAGCCUGGGAGGCUUGGCCUCGGUGAACCACCUCCACCUACAUGGCUAUUACCUGGCCCACAGACUGCCCGUGGAGCAGGCGCCAAGCAAGCCCCUGGACCCUGGAGGCCAUUUGCAUCUGCUCCAGGGCCUCCCAGCUCCGGGCUUCCUCUUUUACACUCGUGGGCCAGGGCUUGACUUGGAGUCCUUGAUAUGCAGGGUAUGUCGGGCCACUGAUUAUCUGACUGACCAUGAGAUUGCACAUAACUUGUUUGUGACCCGGGGAGCUCCGCCAGGAAAGACAUCACCUUCCUCAGCCCUCACAGGGGUCCGAGUAAUUCUGUGGGCCCGGAAGUCCUGCUUUGGCAUAAAGGAUGGUGAGGCUUUCAACGUUGCCCUCUGUGAGCUGGCUGGGCACCUCCCUGUCAAAACAUCCCAGGACUUUAGCAGCCUGACAGAGGCAGCUGCUGUGGCCCUCAUUCAGGACUGUCGGCUGCCCCCAUCCCAGGCAGAAGAGAGUGCUGCCCAUCAUGGUCAUUUGGACAUUUAUUUUCAUGGCUGCCUUCUCACCUAUCUCAGCCUAAAAAGAAGGAUAAAGAAAGAGCUAAUAAUGAUCUUUUUAAAGGUGAGCUGAUAAUGGUCUCUUUAAAGGGGAGAAAGCCUAGAAAAAUUCUACUGAGUCAGACUUCAUGAAUGUAUCUGCUACCUCUCCCCGUUCUUGAUCAAGCCCCAGUGGUGUUAAAAAGGAGUGUGUGUGACAGUUACACACUCCCGACUUUAUAUUUGGACUUUGUCUUUCUUUGAUAUCAAAUGUUAGCAAGGUGAUAGUGCAUGUGCCUCCAGCACUGAGCUGCCAUUUCUGUUCUCAGCCUCUCCAUUUAUUCCCCUUUGCUCACCACUUAUUUUUAUUUCUUCAUCCCUUCUUUCCAUUUAUCCCUGCUCCACCCAAAUGCCCCCCUCCACUUUCCCGGCCACCUUGAGCUUUCCUCUAGCCCCCAACACUGAGUUGAAUGCUCUUCACUGAUAUCAUCUGAUGUAAAAACACAGUGUCAUCACAA